UUCGAUAAAAUCCUCAUAUAUUUUCCAAAGUCUGAUAUUUAUGAUUUUUCCUAGCAGCUUUAACAUUUUUAACAAUCUCGUGCAACUCUAUAAAAAGAAUCAAUAAACCUGUAACAGUUAAUAGGGUCAAAAAGCACUUGAAAUAAAAGAAAUUCAAAAUAAUGUAUUCCUGACUGUCCACUUUGAAAGUCAUCCUGUACAUGUCGAAACUCAUGUCGGAGUUGAACAGCAAAACCGUUGUUCUGGACACGGGCACCAAGUCUUCGUCCAGAGCUUCCAGGAUGAUUACGUCAAAUUCCCUGGUCAAAGGAAGACUUGAAAUCAUUUCAAGCUGUAGUUCUUUUUGGAUUGUUUUGUUUGUAUCUGCUAAAUGAAUGGAGUAAUCUUCAUAGUUAUCUGAAAUUUACACAUAUAACAUUUCAAAUCCAGAUUUAUAGUUGAAAUAAUCAUUACCAGAAGUUAUAAUGAAAUACAUUCCAUCAUUUGCAUUAUCCAUUAUAACCGGACCAUCCAAAAAUGCGAUUUUAUCGUUAACUAAGGUAGCUUUGUAAAUGGGCAAAGUGAAAUGAGGAGGCCGGAAAUUUUGUUCUUCUUCUAAUGAAAACGACUCCUGGAAAAUUGAAAAUUGCGUUGUUUCUCCUAUGAUAUUUAACAUAAAUAGCAAUAAAAUUGAUAAAAGUCUGAGUGCUUUUAAGCACCCAACAAAAAUAAUGCACAUAUUAGAUAAAGGUUUGAAAACACGAUUUUUCAGUUAACUUAAAAUUGAAAAAUAUUAUUUAAUAAUUAAUUUACUUACAUUUGUGGCUAAGUCUGGAAUAGAUGCAUGAACGCAAACACUAAAAGCAAUCACGCUAAUGAAUUUUAAGAAAAAAUGCAUUUUUUUUGUGUGUGAAUAAUGGUCAGCUCACCUAACAUUCAAAAGUGUUACUGGUAGCUACCAUUCCAGGGAUUGUAGUCCUCUACUAGGAUAAGGAAUCGCUAAAAAUUUCAGCUUUCAGUUGAUUUAUUGUGGGAUUUGAAUGAAAAAAGGACCUCAGGAAAACUGAGAAAUCUAAAAAUUCACCCUGAUGUGGUGGGAAAAAACAUUCUUCUUUUCGAACCAUGUAAAAUGCGGCGGAAGCAUCGAUGAUCGUUUAUUUUCAAGACCGACUUCGUUCAACGAUUAGCAAUAAACAAUUAACAUACAAAUAAAACCAGUUUUAUUAUGAUUUGUGGAAAAUUAUUUGUGUUUUUCGUGAUUGCAGUGGGCCUUACUUUGGCUUAUGCUCCAGGUGAAUACAUCCCAAAAUCUUUUUACCUAAUUGACCAAUUCGGACACGAAUCAGCUCCAAUAUACAUCAGAAAUAGAAGAGAACUCCUCAACCCUUUGAUUAGAGUCAGAAGAGGAAACUCGUAUACGAGUUCUAGUAGCAGUGCUAGUGCCAGUAGCGGUGCUAAUAGUGGUGGCGGAGCCCCAAUUUAUUUGGGAGAUUACGCACCAAAUGUAGAACAUCCUUCGGACAUUAUUGGACACGUACAAAGUCUUUUGAACAAUAUUCCAGGAGGUGCAGGAGGUGCAGGAACUCAUUCUUUUGCUAGUUCCAGUUCCAGCUCUAACGCUGGAAAUGGCGGUCAUCCAGCUUCAGGUGGAAGCUAUGGAGGUUUAGGGGCUGGACAUGAUGCCGGAUAUACCGGGCCGGUAUUGUUCUCAAGAUUCGGGGAAGCUGAAGGAACAGGAGUUCAAGUUUCAGGAGCAGCUCAAGGCAACAAGGGGGCGUUUUCUUCUAGUUCUUCCAGCAUUGACGGUAAUGGAAAAAUUAAAUACUCUGUACAAUCUGGAAAAUACUAGGACAUUUUUUUUUGUAAAUAUCUUUUUUAUUUUAAAUGUCCACCUUAGUAAUAAUUAUUAGACAUCAGGUUGUGAUCUAAAUAAAAACAAAUAAAGUAA